AUGGCUAUUCAUUUGCACAUGAACCAUGAUUUAUCCGAGGAAAAACAAAAUGUACUGCACUUAAUGCCAUGCAAAAUUUAUUGUGAUGAAUCUGCAAAUAUUUCUUCAUAUUUUACACCUUACAUUCGUAAAAUGGAUGAUGAACAUUAUAAUUUUUAAUUCCGAGGAUAUCCGCUUCAAGGGAAAAAAAUUACAUUUCCUUCUGGAUAUAAAGGUAUUACAUUUAUUGAGCGCAAAAAGACAGAAGUAGAAAACAUAGAACGUAAUUUAUACUCUAUGGGAACAUUUUCUCAUUUUACUUACUGGAAUUAUGAUAAAUUACCAUCAAAAAAUGAUGCCUUAGCAGCUGCCAUGGAUUGGAUCGAUAUUGCUGAAGCACUACAUUCUACAGAAUUAUAAUUAAAAAUCGGAU